GUUUGAGCACAAGGCAGAGCGUUAUGUUUGUACUUAAUAGUUACCCAAAAACUGUUCCAGUUUAAAGUCUUGAACGGCGUGGCGUGUUCGUGUUAUAUACUUCAUCUUCGGAAACUCAAAAGACUUUACAGUCAGAAAUUGGGUGGCAGAGAGUUCCGAAGGAAAAAAUAAAAAUGUCGGGAGGAAUCGCGCCUGGCCGUCUCGCCGAGGAGCGAAAAUCCUGGCGUAAGAAUCAUCCUCAUGGUUUCGUGGCGAAGCCUGAGACUGGUCAGGAUGGGUCCGUCAAUCUGAUGGUCUGGCAAUGCAUAAUUCCCGGAAAGCCCGGUACUGAUUGGGAGGGUGGCUAUUUUCCACUUACGCUUCACUUCAGUGAGGAUUACCCCAGCAAGCCCCCUAAGUGCAAGUUUCCACAGGGUUUCUUUCACCCUAAUGUUUAUCCUUCUGGAACUGUUUGCCUUUCAAUCCUCAAUGAGGACAGCGGGUGGAGGCCAGCCAUUACAGUGAAACAAAUUCUAGUUGGCAUCCAGGAUUUGCUAGACCAGCCUAACCCUGCUGAUCCAGCACAAACUGAUGGAUAUCAGCUCUUCAUUCAGGAACCAGCCGAGUAUAAGAGAAGAGUGCGGCAGCAGGCAAAGCAAUAUCCUCCUCUUGUCUGAGGUCUACUUCUGCUAGACAUGAUUAACUCCAUGUAUUGGUUGAAAAUGAAAUGCCUGAGUCUUUAUGCCAGACCGAAUCAACCAUCACAAUUAGGGUACUAGUCGAUUGGCAAACUAUUAUUGAAAUUGUAGAAUUACCAUGUUUAAUGUUGUUGCUAUUCUAGUAUAUGUGACAUGCUUAUACUAUAUAUGUUCUCCCCCGUUAAUAUGUUCGUAUUA